CCUGGAUGCCCCCAUCCCAGGUGACUGCCCUGAGAGCCGAAGCAGGGCUGUGGGCCCUGUGGGCGGGCGCGGCGCGGCCCGGGGAGCUGCGGGCUGGGCUCGGCGAGGCGUCUGGACCUGCCGAGAGCCCCUCGCACGCACUGCGGGCUCCGGCGCUGCGGGCUGGCCGGGCGCUGCGGGCUGACCGGGCGCUCCGGGAACUCGGCUCGGGAACCUCGUCUGCGGUGGGCGGGGCCGGCCCGGAGCCCCGCCCCGGCUCAGUCCCUGAAACCCAGGCGCGGACCGGCUGCAGUCCCAGAAGGGAGCUGCUGUCUGCGGAGGAAACUGCAUCGACGGACGGCCGCCCAGCUACGGGAGGACCUGGAGUGGCACUGGGCGCCCGACGGACCAUCCCCGGGACCCGCCUGCCCCUCGGCGCCCCGCCCCGCCGGGCCGCUCCCCGUCGGGUUCCCCAGCCACAGCCUUACCUACGGGCUCCUGACUCCGCAAGGCUUCCAGAAGAUGCUCGAACCACCGGCCGGGGCCUCGGGGCAGCAGUGAGGGAGGCGUCCAGCCCCCCACUCAGCUCUUCUCCUCCUGUGCCAGGGGCUCCCCGGGGGAUGAGCAUGGUGGUUUUCCCUCGGAGCCCCCUGGCUUGGGACGUCUGAGAAGAUGCCGGUCAUGAAGCUGUUCCCUUGCUUCCUGCAGCUCCUGGCCGGGCUGGCGCUGCCUGCUGUGCCCCCCCAGCAGUGGGCCUUGUCUGCUGGAAACGGCUCGUCAGAGGUGGAAGUGGUGCCCUUCCAGGAAGUGUGGGGCCGCAGCUACUGCCGGGCGCUGGAGAGGCUGGUGGACAUCGUGUCUGAGUACCCCAGCGAGGUGGAGCACAUGUUCAGCCCAUCCUGUGUCUCCCUGCUGCGCUGCACCGGCUGCUGCGGCGAUGAGAACCUGCACUGUGUGCCGGUGGAGACGGCCAAUGUCACCAUGCAGCUCCUAAAGAUCCGUUCUGGGGCCCGGCCCUCCUACGUGGAACUGACGUUCUCUCAGCACGUUCGCUGCGAAUGCCGGCCUCUGCGGGAGAAGAUGAAGCCGGAAAGGAGGAGACCCAAGGGCAGGGGGAAGAGGAGGAGAGAGAAGCAGAGACCCACAGACUGCCACCUGUGCGGCGAUGCUGUUCCUCGGAGGUAACCCGCCCCUUGGAGGAGAGAGACCCCGCACCCGGCUCGUGUAUUUAUUACCGUCACACUCUUCAGUGACUCCUGCUGGUACCUGCCCUCUAUUUAUUAGCCGACUGUUUCCCUGCUGAAUGCCUCGCUCCCUUCAAGACGAGGGGCAGGGAAGGACAGGACCCUCAGGAAUUCAGUGCCUUCAACAACGUGAGAGAAAGAGAGAAGCCAGCCACAGACCCCUGGGAGCUUCCGCUUUGGAAGAAGCAAGACACGUGGCCUCGUGAGGGGCAAGCUAGUCCCCAGAGGCCCUGGAGGUCUCCAGGGGCCUGCAGAAGGAAAGAAGGGGGCCCUGCUACCUGUUCUUGGGCCUCAGGCUCUGCACAGACAAGCAGCCCUUGCUUUCGGAGCUCCUGUCCAAAGUAGGGAUGCGGAUCCUGCUGGGGCCGCCACGGCCUGGCUGGUGGGAAGGCCGGCAGCGGGCGGAGGGGAUCCAGCCACUUCCCCCUCUUCUUCUGAAGAUCAGAACAUUCAGCUCUGGAGAACAGUGGUUGCCUGGGGGCUUUUGCCACUCCUUGUCCCCCGUGAUCUCCCCUCACACUUUGCCAUUUGCUUGUGCUGGGACAUUGUUCUUUCCGGCCAAGGUGCCACCACCCUGCCCCCUCUAAGAGACACAUACAGAGUGGGCCCCGGGCUGGAGAAAGCUGCCUGGAUGAGAAACAGCUCAGCCAGUGGGGAUGAGGUCACCAGGGGAGGAGCCUGUGCGUCCCAGCUGAAGGCAGUGGCAGGGGAGCAGGUUCCCCAAGGGCCCUGGCACCCCCACAAGCUGUCCCUGCAGGGCCAUCUGACUGCCAAGCCAGAUUCUCUUGAAUAAAGUAUUCUAGUGUGGAAA